GUGCUGUAGUAAAGUAGUAAUUCUGUCCCGGAGACGAUCCUUCCUUCACAAAGAAAGAGUUGAGAGGGUUGAUUCACAUUCUUCGAAUACAAGAUCCUCUCCAAACCUUCUUCCAACCCGCUUUUACUUGCCACAAUUACUCUCUCUCUCUCGCGCUGAAGUGGAAGCAUUCUUUUUUAUUAGCCAUGUCUCAGUCUCCAACCACCUCUCCGCCUUCGCCCACCCCUCCUUCUGCUUUGCCUCCCGCAACAACCACCUCGCCGCCUCCAGCAACUCCCUCUGCACCCCCACCUUCCACGCCGUCUCCUCCACCACCGUCCACGGUCUCUUCCCCGCCACCUACCUCUUCUCCUUCACCUCCGUCGUCAUCUACGCCACCGAUCACCACUGGGUCCCCGCCGCCACCCUCCUCGACGAGAAGCCCGCCUCCUCCGUCGAGUUCUGGCAACACCCCGUCCGUUAGGAGCCCGCCGCCGCCGCCUUCUAAAUCUUCGUCUCCUCCGGCGUCAUCGCCGAGUGGUAUGUCUACUGGGGUCGUGGUCGGCAUAGCGAUCGGUGGCGUGUUGGUUCUGGCGGUGCUGAGUAUAUUGUGCUUGUGUUGCACCAAGAAGAAGAGGAAGCGCCGUGACGAGGAGGACUACUAUCCGCCUCCACCUCCUAAAGGUGGCCCUUACGGUGGUCCACCACAGCAAUGGCAACACAAUGCUCCGGCACCUGCGGAUCAAGUUGUUGGAGCUUUUCCAAACCCCUCUCCUCCACCAGCAGUUGCAUCACGACCACCGUACUCACCAGCUCCUACGACACCACAGGCCCCAUCGCCACCACCACCACCACCACCUUUCCUGAACAGCAGUGGAGGUUCCGGUUCCAAUUAUUCAGGGUCAGAAAAUCCACUGCCACCACCUCAUCCAGGAAUGGUCUUAGGUUUCUCAAAGAGCACUUUUACCUAUGAUGAAUUAGCUAUGGCAACGGAUGGCUUUGCAGAUGCCAACCUCCUUGGACAAGGUGGAUUUGGAUAUGUGCAUAGGGGAGUCCUCCCAAAUGGGAAGGAAGUAGCUAUCAAGCAGUUGAAAGCUGGAAGUGGGCAGGGGGAGCGCGAGUUUCAGGCAGAGGUUGAGAUUAUUAGCCGAGUACAUCACAAACAUCUUGUUUCUUUGGUUGGGUACUGUAUCACUGGUUCCAAGAGACUACUGGUGUAUGAGUUUGUUCCAAACAAUACUUUAGAGUUCCACUUACACGGGAAGGGGCGACCAACAAUGGAUUGGCCCACCAGACAUAAAAUUGCUUUAGGAUCUGCAAAAGGACUGGCAUAUCUUCAUGAGGAUUGUCAUCCUAAGAUUAUCCAUCGUGACAUCAAAGCUGCUAAUAUACUUAUAGAUUUCAAGUUUGAAGCAAAGGUUGCAGAUUUUGGACUUGCAAAGUUUUCUUCUGAUACCAAUACUCAUGUCUCCACUCGGGUGAUGGGAACUUUUGGUUAUAUGGCUCCCGAAUAUGCUUCAAGUGGGAAACUCACAGACAAAUCAGAUGUUUUCUCCUAUGGGAUCAUGCUUCUGGAGUUGAUCACCGGACGCCGACCUGUUGACACAACCCAUUCUUACAUCGAGGAUAGUUUGGUAGACUGGGCAAGGCCUUUGCUCGCACGAGCUCUGGAAGAAAGAAACUUUGAUGCACUUAUUGAUCCAAAGCUGCAAAAUGAUUUUGACCCCAAUGAGAUGGCCAGCAUGGUUGCUUGUGCGGCAGCUUGUGUGCGACAUUCAGCACGGCGUCGGCCACGAAUGAGCCAGAUUGUUCGUGCUUUGGAAGGGGAUGCAUCUUUAUCAGAUCUUAAUGAAGGAAUCAGACCUGGACACAGCACUCUAUACAAUUCUCAUGGAAGCUCAGACUAUGACACCAGCCAAUACAAUGAGGACAUGAAAAAAUUCAGGAAGAUGGCAUUGGGAAGCCAGGAGUACGGUGCCAGUAACGAAUACAGUGGAGCAACUAGUGAGUAUGGUUUGUACCCUUCUGGCUCAAGCAGCGAAGGGCAAACCACCCGAGAAACGGAGAUGAGAAAGAUGAAGAAAAGCAGCCAAGGUUUCAGUGGAAGCUCUUGACAACCGACGACACCACCCUUUUUUUUCUCGUGUAAAAACCGACCAAAGUAUUUUUUACACGUGUGAAAUUGAUUGCAGGAUGCCAUGUUCUGUACGAGUUUUAACACAUUUUCUUUUUCUAUUUGGUGUAUGUAUCGAUAGUGCUUAUACGAGAAAAUGACGCAGAAACUUGUUCAAUUCUUUAAUUCGUUGCUUCAGUGUGUUGACCAGGUAUGGUUGGUGCUCACCUUAAUUUGUUGUUGUGUCGGUUAUGCUUGUAUUGAAAAGUAACGACAAUUAGGUGGGUUAUUGAAGAGGUGUUGGCAAAGCACUGUAAGCUAUUUCUAUAUAUAUAUUUUUUCAAUUUA